AAUAAAACUGGGAUUAUCAAAGGAACGCCGCCCGGUUCAAAAAACCCAAUCGGUUAGGGUUCUUCAAGAAGUAUCAUUUUAACCUUCACAUCCUCACAAUCAACAAUGGCGCUUGGUUCACAGCCGCUUGAUAUUCUCGGAGAUCGUCAAUCUGGUCAAGAUGUUCGCACUCAAAACAUUACUGCUUGUCAGUCUGUUUCGAAUAUCGUCAAGACUUCACUUGGUCCCGUUGGACUCGACAAGAUGUUGGUUGAUGACAUUGGGGAUGUAACCAUCACAAAUGAUGGUGCUACAAUUCUCAAGAUGUUAGACGUUGAGCAUCCAGCUGCCAAGGUUCUUGUUGAACUGGCCGAGCUUCAAGAUAGAGAAGUAGGAGAUGGCACUACUUCUGUCGUCAUUGUAGCAGCUGAAUUACUCAAGAGAGCAAAUGAUCUUGUGAAAAACAAGAUUCACCCAACAUCUGUAAUUAGUGGAUACAGACUUGCAAUGAGAGAAGCAUGCAAAUAUAUUGAAGAGAAGCUCGCGAUUAAGGUUGACAAGCUUGGAAAGGAUUCUCUUGUGAAUUGUGCAAAGACAAGCAUGUCUUCUAAAUUGUUAUCCGGUGACUCUGACUUUUUUGCAAAUCUGGUGGUCGAUGCAGUGCAAGCUGUUAAAAUGACCAAUGCACGUGGUGAAAUCAAGUAUCCAAUCAAGGGGAUUAACAUCCUUAAAGCUCAUGGAAAAAGCGCUAAAGAGAGCUACUUGUUAAAAGGUUACGCUCUUAAUACCGGGCGCGCAGCACAAGGAAUGCCGAUGAAAGUUUCUCCCGCAAGAAUCGCAUGCCUCGACUUUAAUCUCCAAAAGACGAAAAUGCAAUUAGGUGUUCAGGUUUUAGUCACCGACCCACGCGAGUUGGAGAAAAUUCGUCAAAGAGAAGCUGAUAUGACAAAAGAGCGUAUCGAAAAGAUUCUAAAAGCUGGUGCUAAUGUUGUUUUAACGACCAAGGGGAUUGAUGACAUGGCACUCAAGUAUUUUGUGGAAGCUGGUGCCAUUGCUGUGAGGCGAGUUCGAAAAGAAGAUUUACGCCAUGUUGCCAAAGCAACAGGCGCAACUGCGGUGUCAACAUUUGCUGACAUGGAAGGAGAAGAAACUUUCGAUUCGUCAUUCCUCGGAUCCGCAGAUGAAGUAGUGGAGGAACGCAUUGCAGACGAUGACGUCAUACUGAUCAAAGGAACCAAAACAUCAAGUGCAGUUUCUGUCAUUCUUCGAGGUGCUAAUGACUUCAUGCUUGAUGAAAUGGAUAGAGCUUUACAUGAUGCUUUAUGCAUAGUCAAGAGGACCUUGGAAUCUAAUUCCGUGGUGGCUGGCGGUGGCGCGGUUGAGGCGGCGUUGUCAGUGUAUUUAGAGUACCUUGCUACAACGUUAGGAUCUCGUGAACAGCUGGCAAUUGCGGAGUUUGCUGAAGCGUUGCUGAUCAUUCCAAAGGUUCUUGCUGUCAAUGCUGCCAAGGAUGCAACUGAUUUGGUAGCCAAAUUGCGUGCGUAUCACCACACCGCGCAAACUAAAGCAGAUAAGAAACAUUUAUCAAGUAUGGGGUUGGACCUGAUAAACGGUACGGUUCGCAACAACUUAGAAGCCGGUGUAAUUGAACCUGCAAUGAGCAAAGUCAAGAUACUACAAUUUGCAACGGAAGCAGCUAUAACGAUUCUUCGAAUUGAUGACAUGAUCAAACUAGCCAAAGAUGAGAGUCAGGAUGGUCAAGAUUAGAUCUUUUUUUUUUUUUUGGGAAUGAUGUUACGGUUAAUCUUUCUUUUUUGGCUUGUUUAUUUGGGAAGUUUUGAUGAUGAGAUUUAUGUUUACUGUAAGUUGAUUUUGUUAAAACUAGUGGUGAUAUAUCAUCAGUAUGUAGCUUUGGAUUUUUGAGAGCUUUGA